ACGGCCUACUGGUGAAGCGAGAGUCGGAUAUAUUUGGCUCGGGACACUAAUACCACGCGCCGACUCGAUACCCUUACGAACGAGGGAUUGCGGGCUCUAUGGCGUCUUGCUCCACGCCCCUAGCUACAGCGCAGUCCUUCUUACACACCUGCCGCGUGUAUAACUCUGAUCCUUCUGCGACUUCCAAUCAGAUCGGAGCGCCGUCUUUAUCGACCCCUCGAAAUCAUCGUAGCUGCCUUAUAACAGAUUCGAUUCCUCGGGUUAGAAAAAAGCUGGUGACGACAGCAUAUGCGUCAUCUACUCAAAGCCAGAUUCUCUCCUCGCACCCUCAUCGUUCCUCGACCAACUUACCACACAAAUCUACGGCUUCUCUAGAACCACUUCACAGCUGGACAUGUCUUAGCGCCCUGUGUUACGAUACCCGCGGAAGCAGCAGGAGCAGAAGCAGCAGGAGCAGCAGCAGCAGCAGCAGCAGGAGCAGCAGCAGCAGCAGCAGCAGCAGCAGCAGGGGCAGCAGCAGGAGCAGCAGCUGCGAGAGUACAGUGGAGCCAGAGGUCGUUUCGCCUCUAUCGACUCCAUUAAUUCAGGCCAGACGCUCCCUGCCAGGACCGUUUCCCGGCGAAGAGGAGAUAGGAGCGGAGCGAGGGGAGGGAUUCGCCACUUUCCGACCCAAGGGAGCGCUGCAAGUAGACGUGGAUUUCCUCAAUGAUCGCAUGAGGAAGCGAGGAGUGGACAGAAUACGGCUGGCUAUGAGACCAGAUGAAGCCUUCGGACUCGUGUACUCAUGGGACAAUGUCAUUGCCAACACCCGGGAUCUGAGAUUCGAGGCGUGGAGAUUGCUGGCUGAGGAAGUAGGGAAGCCGCUGCCCGACUCACCUUCCUCCCUCCGCCAGCUGUCUACUGCGUCGCCCGCCCACUGCAUCAAAUCCGUCCUCUCAUGGGCGUCAGACGAGUCCACCAUUUUGUCUCUCAAGGACAGACUCGCGGAGCUCUACUGCCGCCAGCUCUCCAAGGUGCGAGCGCCCCUAGAGGGGGUGCCAGAGUGGCUGCACGCGCUGCAGAAGGCGGGGGUGCCGUGUGCCGUGGCCACCUCCAUCGACCGCCUCACUCUGCUCGCCGCUCUCGACCGCAUGAAGCUGCUGCACCACUUCCAGGCGUUUGUGACAGCGGAGGACGGUAUGGAGUCAAUGGCCCACCAGUUCCUGUCUGCUGCUGUCAAGCUGGACCGCGCCCCAGCCAAGUGUGUGGUGUUUGAGGACGAUCCGAGGGGCAUCACUGCAGCACAUAACUGCAGCAUGAAGGCAGUAGCGCUCAUCGGCACGCACCCCGCCUAUGAGUUGAAGCAAGCGGAUCUGGCAGUGUCUAGCUAUUCUGAGCUGUCAGUGAUUAAUCUGCGCAGACUGUUUGCGAAUAGAGGCCACGGCAUUGAGCACAUGGAGCUGAAGAAGCAGCGGGAGGAGCAGGGGCCAAAGAAACGGCGCUGGCACACCGACACCCUGUACUGAGGGGGGGUGGUGUACUGUUCAUACCCCUUAUGAGAAAUACGCUUUGCAACUAGAGGCCAGGGCAUUGAGCACAUGGAGCUGCAGAAGCAGCAGGAGGAGCAAGGCAAGGGCCAAAGAAACGAAGACGGCACACCAACACCCUGUACUGAGGGGGGUAGUGUGGUGGUGUGCCUGCAUGGUGUAGUGGCACACUGACAACCUGCACUGAGGGUGGUAGUGUGCUUGUACAGGGUUCACACAGUGGUCACAUAGCCUGGUCUUCACCAUGCUGUGCAAGAAUGGUGUUUUGAAUAAAACCAUAUAGAUAUUGUGCAGGGUGGUGCGACACCGGAGGCAUCU